AUGAAAAAAGCAGCAGCGCAGCAGCAGCAGGGGGCCCCCCAGGGCCCCAGGAACACCAGAGGGGCCUAUUCUGGAGAGUCUCGACCCUCCGAAGGCUUCAAAAUCGACAGAGGCCAGCAGUACCUCAUGCGUUCUGGCUUUGCUCCCUCAACGGCCCCCAUAGGCUCCACCGUGGCCGGCCAACCCGAAGGGGAGUUAGAAAGCUUCCUGGAAGGAGUGGGGGAGGACUUGGUGGGACUCAGCGUGGAGGGCUUUCGGCCUGUGGGGCCGGGGGCCCUUUGGGGGCGUUCUGUGGCUUUGCUGUUUUCCGCGGGAACUCAUCCCAAGUGUUCUUCUUUUAUUCCUUUUCUCGCGCAAGUCCGCCAAGCAGCAGCAGCAGCAGCAGCAGCAGCAGCAGCAGCAGCAGCAGCAGCAGCGUGCAGUUUAACCCUCAAGCAGCCUAGCUGCCCUCUAAACCGUACUUGCUGCUGUCGAUAA